UGUUCCCAUUACUUCGGCUGCCAUGGGGAGAGGGGAUCCGCCGAAUCCUAGAUUUUCUCUCCUCGAAUCCUACUCCGAACGACGCUGGGUCUUUACGUUCCCGUCUCCUGUACCCCGCGAUCGCCACCGAGCACCACCGUCAUCAGCCGCCUCGUCGCCUCUCUUCUCUUUUAUUCUUCUCCGAUCGCCGCUGGACCUGGAACGGAUCUCUCUGCCGCCGUGCAGCACCGUCGUCGCCUUUCGUCUCUGCCGUCGCCGUCGUCGCCUCUACGUCGUCGUUGCCGUCUGCGUCGUGGUCUCUGCGGCGAAGCUCCGCUGAGCGUAUGAGAUUCGUCGAGACCGGGCAAUGGCGGGCUUCGAGCUUCGCUGCACGCCGAAAUCGCCGGUCGUUAUGAUAUGAAGCUGAUUGUUAGCUGGCUAAAUUUAAUAGCGGGCAGCUGAAGUGAUUUUAAAACAUCAGUUUCUUGUUUAAUUCUUAGUCUAGGGUAAGAUGGUGAAGCUGACAAUGGUAGCACGUGUUACUGAUGGCCUUCCAUUAGCAGAAGGGUUGGAUGAUGGCCGUGAUCAGAAAGAUAUUGAAUUCUACAAACAGCAAGCAAAGCUUUUAUUUAAGAACCUGUCUAGAGGACAAAAUGAGGCUUCGAGAAUGUCGAUUGAGACGGGUCCUUACUUUUUUCACUAUAUCAUUGAGGGUCAUGUUUGUUAUCUGACAAUGUGUGAUCGUUCUUAUCCGAAAAAACUUGCUUUUCAAUACCUGGAGGAUCUCAAAAAUGAGUUUGAGAGAGUUAAUGGAAAUCAAAUUGAAACUGCUGCAAGGCCAUAUGCUUUUAUCAAGUUUGAUACAUUCAUACAGAAGACUAAGAAAUUGUACUCGGAUACUCGAUCCCAGCGUAACCUUGCAAAGCUGAAUGAUGAACUUUAUGAGGUCCACCAAAUAAUGACUCGCAAUGUUCAAGAAGUACUUGGUGUUGGUGAAAAACUAGAUCAGGUCAGUGAACUAUCAAGCAGGCUGACAUCUGAGUCUCGCAUCUACGCUGACAAGGCAAGAGAUCUAAACCGGCAGAAUAGCAGCAUAAGUGGAUUGCUAGAAUGGGAUUAGGCCUUGAUUCGGAAGUGGGCUCCAGUUGCUGUUGUGCUUGGAGUUGUCAUGCUUCUCUUCUGGGUCAAAAAGAAGAUAUGGUGAUUUCAUGUAUUGAAAGAAUCAAAUAUGAUUCUCUUAUACGAAUAUAUACAUUUCCAUCUUGGUCAUCUCCAGAAAGCACGCACCUGGGUUCAGUUCCUUUUCCCUGCCAAAAUGUUGGAUGAUAUGACUAGUCUCUGCAAAUAUUAGUAGGCAGAUAAUAUUAGAUAUUCAAUUGAACUUUUUUGUUUCAGAAAAAAAAAUUAAAGGUAAUUGCUUGUGUGGUCAUACUCUAUCAAGGCAGCUUAUCCGAAAAUAUUGUUAUUCCUGUGCUGAUA